CCGUCCCGAGAGGGAGCGCGUCCGUCCCGGCCGGUCCCGACCCGGGACAGCUCCCGACUGAGCCGAGAUGCCAAGACAGUUUCCAAAGCUGAACAUCUCUGAGGUUGAUGAACAAGUGCGACUUCUAGCAGAGAAGGUAUUUGCUAAAGUCCUCCGAGAAGAAGACAGCAAAGAUGCCUUGUCACUAUUCACCGUUCCUGAAGACUGCCCUAUCGGGCAGAAGGAGGCCAAAGAAAGGGAACUGCAGAAGGAGCUGGCAGAACAACAGUCUAUAGAAACAGCCAAAAGGAAGAAAAGUUUCAAGAUGAUUCGAUCCCAGUCUUUGUCAUUACAAAUUCCAACCCAGGAAUGGAAAGCGCCAUCAGUCAACCCUGUUCUAUCUCCUGCAACACCAGUUCUUCCAAGUGCUUUUCUGCCAGUCCAAGUGCCAUAUGAUGUACCAGAGUUCCAGAGAGUUUCAAUUAGUGGAGACUACUGUGCAGGGGUUACAGUUGAUGAUUAUGAACAAGCUGCCAAGAGCCUUGUGAAAGCUCUUCUCAUUCGAGAAAAGUACUCACGUCUUGCCUACCAUCGCUUCCCAAGAACCACGUCCCAGUAUUUGUGCAGCAUGCGAGAUGAAAAAUGGAAGGUCGAAGAUGAAGUGUGUCCAGAUUUUCAUUCACCUCCAGAAGGAAGUGAAGAUCCUUACAAUCUUGAUGAUGCUCCAGACAAUUUGGAUUAUGUAAUCAAGAUAAAAGGUGGCAUUCCCUUUAUUUAUGAUAACAAGGAAAUGAUGGAACUCAAUGAGCCUCGGAGUCUACCAUAUCCUGACCUGGAGACCUAUACCCUUGACCUGAGCCAUGUUCUUGCUCUAAUUGCAGACGGUCCAACGAAAACAUAUUGCCAUCGGCGUCUUAACUUUUUAGAAUCUAAAUUCAGUUUACAUGAGAUGUUAAAUGAAAUGUCUGAAUUUAAAGAACUGAAGAGUAAUCCCCAUCGAGACUUUUAUAAUGUGAGAAAGGUUGAUACUCAUAUCCAUGCUGCUGCCUGCAUGAACCAGAAACAUUUGCUGAGAUUUAUUAAGCACACUUACCAAACGGAGCCGGACAGGAUUGUUGCAGAGAAAAAAGGCAAGAAGAUGACUUUAAAGCAAGUGUUUGAAAGCCUUCACAUGGACCCUUAUGACCUCACUGUAGACUCUUUAGAUGUUCAUGCAGGUCGUCAAACAUUUCAUCGAUUUGACAAAUUCAAUUCUAAAUACAAUCCAGUCGGUGCCAGUGAACUGAGGGACUUGUACUUGAAAACUGAGAACUACAUAGGUGGUGAAUACUUUGCUCGUAUGGUCAAGGAAGUAGCCUGUGAACUAGAAGAAAGUAAAUACCAGUACACAGAACCCCGGUUAUCCAUUUAUGGGCGGUCUCCAGAUGAAUGGCAGAACUUGGCAAAAUGGUUCAUUAAACAUAAAGUUUAUUCACCUAACAUGCGCUGGAUAAUUCAGGUUCCCAGAAUCUAUGAUAUAUUUAGGUCAAAAAAUAUACUGCCUAGUUUUGGGAAGAUGUUGGAGAACAUCUUUGUACCUUUGUUUGAGGCAACAAUCAAUCCCAAAGAGCACAAAGAACUGCACCUUUUCCUCAAAUAUGUGACUGGCUUUGACAGUGUUGAUGAUGAAUCCAAACACAGUGGCCAUAUGUUCUCUGACAAGAGCCUUAACCCUGACCUCUGGACCAGUGAGAAGAAUCCCCCAUACAGCUAUUAUCUAUAUUACAUGUAUGUCAACAUCAUGCUGCUGAACAACCUUAGGAGGGAAAGAGGCAUGUGUACAUUUCUGUUUCGACCUCACUGUGGAGAAGCUGGAUCUAUCACACACUUGGUAUCAGCGUUUCUGACAGCUGACAACAUUUCGCACGGGUUGCUCUUGAAGAAGAGUCCAGUUCUCCAGUAUCUUUAUUAUCUUGCACAAAUACCUAUUGCCAUGUCUCCGCUUAGCAACAACAGCCUAUUCCUGGAAUACUCAAAAAAUCCACUACGAGAAUUUCUACAUAAGGGACUUCACGUCUCUCUCUCUACAGAUGAUCCCAUGCAGUUUCAUUACACAAAGGAAGCUCUCAUGGAAGAAUACGCUAUUGCAGCUCAGGUGUGGAAACUAAGUACCUGUGACUUGUGCGAAAUAGCAAGAAACAGUGUACUACAGAGUGGGUUGUCCGAUAAGGAAAAACAGAAGUUCUUAGGUGUGAACUACUGUAAAGAGGGGCCUGAGGGAAAUGACAUUCGAAAGACAAAUGUUGCACAGAUCCGGAUGGCCUUCAGGUAUGAGACACUGUGCAAUGAACUUAGUUUCCUGGCUGAUGCUAUGAAAACAGAAGAGAUUUCUGCUCUGUCAAAGUAGUUUCAAAUCCAAAGAAACUAGAACCUUCCCGAACCAGGAUCAUGUGCUAAUCAAUGUUGAGUCAUCUGUCAUUGAGCACUACCAAGACGUAACUGUUUGAGCAAUAUGGAGAGAAAUAGAAUAUCUAUGGAAGGUAAAACAUUUGCUGUUAUCUUUUACCACAUUUUUUUUAUUGCAGAAGUUUCUAUUUCUAUAAAGUUUAGGCUUUGUAGAUUGCUGUAAACAUUGGAUGCCAAUUCUUAAUCAUGUAUCAUUUGUUUCAUAACCUUUUAACUGUGUACUGUAUUGUAGCCUGGAAAACUAUAGAGCAUAUUCAUACUGCCUCUGUGCUGCUGCUGAGGAUACUGCAGCUGCUGACAGGAUAUGUGCACCUGUUUUUGUCUUGCCAAUCAGGGCACAUGGCACUUGUAAGUUUACUGUUUAUUAAUUAGUAGAUUAUAUAGGGUAUAUAAUUUUGAGACUACUCUUUCAUUCUGAAAGGUGGUCUGGCAGUUUUUACCUUAAUGUUUUAGCAGUUAUACUGGAAAUCAAGAAAAAGAAAAGGUAGUCUCUUUUCAUGACUAAAGAAUUGUUUCCUGUUGUCACCUAGUAGUGGAUGUCUAUGAACAACAACAUAUUAAUGCUUUUUAAUCUAAUAAAUAGAAAUCAUGGUGUCAAAAUCAUCCUUUUACUGUACAUGGUAAUAAUGAGCACGGCUGCAUCAUGAAAAUGUUGCCUUGAAAGCGGAGAAAACUUUCUUAUUGCUUGGUUACUAGUGGGAAUAUGUGGGUAUGCCAGUUCAAAUUAUUUAGAAAUUCGUGCUUGCAUGUAAAGAAAAAAUUUUUACUUGAACAGAGGAAGUGUUCUUAUCAAUCAGUGGUAGAAACUCCAAAAG